CGGCACGCGGCAAUCAUUCGCGAGAAUCCGGCGUGGACAGUCGUCGCGAUGUUCAUUACCAUAGCUUCUCUCGUAAAAGUGUUGUUUGCUUAAAAUGAAAAGUAAUGAUUUCUUUCACCGGAAACGGUACUAAUUUUCCCCCUAAUUGAACAAAUUUUGAAAAUUUAAAUAAAUUAAAUCAAUUAAAGCAAAUUAUCAUUAAAUAUAAAUGCCACUUUCAGUAUCAUCAGGUACCGGUCAUCAAUUUUCAAUAACUGAUAAUAACAUCUGCAAUAUCUUAGUUCUGAUUAGUUGAAGAAAAUCCGAAAAUCUGGCUCGGGAUUUUAUUUAAAUUUAACUCACUUAAUUACGAUCGACUGAGGUAAAUAAUCCUGGUUUUCUCGGAAUCGAGGGUGGUCGAUUAGAGUGGUUAAAGUGAUUAAAGCCGCCGGAAAAUGAAGCAACCCUGAAGAUCAGUUGGCGCCGCACUUCGUUUUGCAAUGAAUUUUCGAGCGGAGGCUCUUGCGAUUGUUCUGCUCACUCUUGUUGCGGCCAAUUUCGCUAUGAUGAGGACUUUCAGAGAUGAUAAUGCGAAAUGCGGCUGCCCAGCAAUUACACAAAGGACACCGAGGUCAACUGCAGGACGACAACCAACCACAGGACGCAUUUUUAAUGGAAAACCCAGCAAAAAAGGAUCAUGGCCUUGGCAGGUGUCUUUGCAACUCCUCCAUCCAAAAAUGGGUUUCAUAGGACAUUGGUGUGGAGGUGUUCUAAUAGAUGAAAUGUGGAUUCUCACAGCAGCUCACUGCAUUUCCAAUGAACUUUUCAACCUUCCAAUUGGUGCACUAUGGACAGCAGUUGUUGGUGAAUGGGAAUUGGAUUCUGGUGGCCGUGGAUCCGCUCGGUUGCCCGUCGAAAGAGUGAUCCUUCACGAACGAUUUAACAAUUAUGUUCACGAUAUCGCUUUGAUGAAACUAGGUAGGCCAGCACCUCUCUCGAAAGCAGUGCGAACAAUUUGCCUUCCAGAAACUGAUGGCAAUCUUACGGGGACUCAUUGUGUGGCAUCUGGUUGGGGUAGAUAUGGACCAUCUCCAUCACUUUCCACUUCACUUUUAGAAGCUACAGUGCCAGUUUUGAACCCAACAGAAUGUUCAAAAGCUUAUGGCCAAUCAGUACCAAUUAAAGAUGGACAUCUCUGUGCUGGUUACACUGAUGGUGCAUCAGGAAGUUGUGUGGGAGAUUCCGGUGGUCCUUUACAAUGUCGACGUUCGGAUGGACUUUGGCAUCUCGCUGGAAUCACGUCAUUCGGAUCUGGUUGCGCAAGGCCAGGAUUUCCUGAUGUUUAUACAAAAAUACAGUAUUAUCUUGCCUGGAUUAAGGAAACGAUACGCAAUGACAUCGAUAGCUAAAAGUUUGUUAUAAUAUUUAAUAGAAACAAUUAUUUAUAUAUAUAAGAGUGUAAGGAUUGAAGAAAACUUUUGUAAAUAUGUAAAGUUAAGUGUAGAAUUUUUUAAGAAAAU